AUGUCAUCCCCUCCACCUCCCAAGAAGCAAAGACAAUCUCUGACCACGACGUCGGUCCAUACAGCCUCCAAGGAGGUACCAGCGACUCCUGCGACGCUGGCACCCAAACAACUCCAUGCUGACCUUCACCAAACGCCCACUGCUGCCGGGAAUCCUCGCAAACGACGAGCAUCCCACAGUCCAUUGUUGAAUACCUUUCCUCCUGGCGCCGCCCCGGAUUCGUCAGUGACAUCCGGAUCUAUCCCAGCCUUGUUGGGAGAACAAUCGGGCAAGAAACGCGGUCGAACGAACACUCCCUGGACAGCCCAGGAGGAGCAAAGACUGAAGCAGAUGCGGGAUGCCGGUCAUAGCUGGAGUGAGAUUGCAAAAGCUUUUCCUGCCCGAACCGAAGGGAGUGUGAAGAAGCAUUGGUACAAGGACAUGCACUACGCAGAAUUCGCCGAAGACGAGUCAGUCGCACUUCGCGAGGCUAUCAAAGAAUACGAGGCAAACAAAUGGAAGGCCAUUGGGCAGAAGUUGGGCAAACCAGCAAAGGCUUGCGAGCAGUACGCAAGAGAACAUUUCAAGAAUGGUUAA